AUGCAUUGUUCCAUUUAGCUUAUAUUAUAAAUCCAAAAAACUUUCUCUCUAAAUAACGUUUUAAGAAAUUAAUUCCAUUAAAUUGUAAGUACUAAGAUAAUAGCACUAAAUGCAAAAAUUAUAUUGACAUUAAAAAUAGUAUUCUAGUUCUACUUUAUACUAUCAAUAAUAAAGUAAGCUAUAAUAAGACCUAAUUAAGCUAAAAAGUUGAAAAAGCUCAAUGGUAUGGUUACACUUAAAAUACCUAAAAUUAUUAUGUCUCUGUUUAGAAAGUAAUAGUUGUUCAUACAUAAAUGCAAAAAGCCACCAAAUAAGACUCCAAAAGUACUAUUUUCUACAUUUUAAAACCGAAAAUAUAGAAUAUUAAUCAGAAUAAAUACUAAGUAAUAAAUUCCUAAAUUAACUCCAAAAGAAUCAUUUAGGAGCAUUAAUGAAGAAAUACUGAAGGUGUGA